CCAAACCCCGACCGAAUCCCCAACAUCCCCCACCGCCGCAGAUAAAAAUCCAAAUAAUCGAAGCCCCGCCGUACUCUCGCCCAUGGCGCUGCUGCAGCUGCAUCCGCCGCCGCUGGCGGCGCUCGGUCGCUCCGUUCUCCGCUGCCUCCCGUUCCCCUCCGCGACCGCGACCGCGACCGCCCGCCGCUCCCUCGCCUCGGUCGCCUUCUCGCUCCAGACCAACGUGCGCCUCCUCAAGCCCAACCGCCGCUCCCGGCGCUCCCGCUACCCCUACUACGACCUGGACGACGACGAAGAGGAAGAGGAUGAGGAGUACGACGAGGACGACGAGAGCGAGGAUGAUUUAUCAGGUUUGGAGUAUCCUGGUGUCCUUUAUACAAACAACCCGCGUGCUCCGAACAAGAGAGCAGGACGAAAAACACAACUGGUGAAAGAAAAUUGGGAAGGAAGGCGGCCCAAAACUCGUGAUAAACAUGCUAGUCCAGGAAGGUCUAAUUCCCUCCAGCCCAGGAGCAAAAUAAACAGAACAUUACUAAAUCUUACAAGCAUGAACAGUGAAGUAGAGUUGAAAAAUGAAAGUAUCUCUCGGAGUCUGUUUCAAAAAUUGCAAGAAGAAUAUGACUUUGAUGAUAAAUGGUUACCGCUUAUUGAUUACCUAUGCUCAUUUGGACUGAGGGAAUCCCAUUUUACUUACAUUUAUGAGAGACACAUGGCUUGCUUGCAAAUCAACCGGGCUUCUGCAGAAGAAAGGUUGGAGUUCCUUCUAAGUGUUGGUGUUAAAAGCAAGGAUCUGAAGAGGAUGCUGGUCAGACAGCCGCAAAUUUUGGAAUACACUCUCAGCAAUCUGAAGUCUCAUGUUGCUUUUCUGGCUGGCAUUGGUGUUCCGGAGGCACGUAUGGGGCAAAUUAUUUCUUCUGCCCCUUCAUUUUUAUCUUACAGUAUUGAGCAGUCCCUGAAGCCAACUAUAAGCUAUUUGAUUGAGGAAGUGGGUAUUGAGGAGUGCGAUGUGGGGAAAGUGGUGCAGCUAAGCCCUCAGAUUCUGGUGCAGCGAAUUGAUAAUGCGUGGAAAUCUCGAUUUCUUUUUCUCUCAAAAGAACUAGGGGCUCCCAAAGAUAGCAUUGUCAAAAUGGUCACAAAGCACCCACAGCUGCUUCAUUACAGCAUUGAGGAGGGCAUCUUGCCUCGAAUCAAUUUCCUUAGAAGCAUUGGCAUGAGAAACUCUGAUAUUCUCAAAAUAUUGACAAGUCUUACUCAGGUGCUAUCUUUGUCGGUGGAGAAAAAUCUCAAACCAAAGUAUCUUUAUUUGGUCAAUGACCUUAAGAAUGAGGCUCAAUCCCUGACGAAGUACCCCAUGUACUUGAGCUUGUCUCUUGAGCAGAGAAUUCGUCCCCGUCACCGUUUUCUUGUUUCAUUGAAGAAAGCUCCAAAGGGUCCAUUUCCUCUUAGCUCCUUUGUGCUUACAGAUGAGCGUUUUUGCCAGCGGUUGGCUGGGACGAGCUUAGAGAAGUACCAUACAUUUAGACAGAGCUUGCUGCUGACAGGUUUCGAAGAUAAGACUGGAAGGAAACCAUUGGCAUCACGACGGUAGAUAGUUUGAGGAACUUGACCUUAGGCAAGACGGUUGCUUCUGACUUUCGUGCCUGUCCUCACUGUAAGAAAGCUCCAGAGGGUCUAUUUCAUAUUAACCUCCCUCGCGCCUGUGGACGAGCAUUUUUGCCAUCAAUGAGCCUUGACUAACUUAGAGAGAGAAGUAACAUACAUGGAGACAGAGCGUCUGUUGAUAGGUUUUGCUGAGAUGUCUGAAGGAAAUUGUUAACACCAAGGCAGCAGAUGAUUAAUAUUCAGUUGACAGGUUACGUUUUAGACUAUGAGCCUGUCCUUCCUCACUGAAAUGGCCUAGGUUGCUGGCCUGGGUUACCCCUCUGUUCAACUGUUGCCUCGUGAAAUAUUUUGUAGUCUUUCUGAUAGCUCCGGAUCAGCUACAAAUGGAUGGUUCAUCUGACAGAGCAGCAUCCACCGUAAUGGCUGACCGAACAUUCUGUUAUUAACUGCUUAAGGGUAGCUGCCUUGACUUCUACUUACGGUUAACCGCAACUUUCAAGCAACAUAUUAAGUCUAGCAAAACUGCAGCUUGACCAUAUAGUGUGCAACUUCUGUGUCAGACAUAUACUCCCUCCGUUCGGAAUUACUCGUCGCAGAAAUGGAUGUAUCUAGACGUAGAUACAUCCAUUUUUGAGACAAGUAAUUCCGAACGGAGGGAGUAGUAGGCUAUAGUAAAUUUUCUUCAGGGUUGUAAUGAUAGAGAUUAUGAGGUUGAGAUUUGUCUGUAAUGGUACUAGUACUGUGCCUAUGCCUCCCUGUCUCUCACAGGGUUAUGAUGGGAA